CCGGGCUUCGCUUGCCGCCUCGCGCCGAGACUAGAAGCGCUGCGGAAAGCACGGACAGUGGAGAGGGCGCUGCGCUCGGGCUACCCAAUGCGUGGACUAUCUGCCGCCGCUGUUCGUGCAAUAUGCUGGAGCUCCAGAACAGCUAAACGGAGUCGCCACACCACUGCUUGUGCUGGAUCGCAGCGCUGCCUUUCCUUAUGAAGAAGACACAAACUUGGAUUCUCACUUGCAUUUAUCUUCAACUGCUCCUAUUUAAUCCUCUCGUCAAAACUGAAGGGAUCUGCAGGAAUCGUGUGACUAAUAAUGUAAAAGACGUCACUAAAUUGGUGGCAAAUCUUCCGAAAGACUAUAUGAUAACUCUCAAAUAUGUCCCCGGGAUGGAUGUUUUGCCAAGUCAUUGUUGGAUAAGCGAGAUGGUAGUACAAUUGUCAGACAGCUUGACUGAUCUUCUGGACAAGUUUUCAAAUAUUUCUGAAGGCUUGAGUAAUUAUUCCAUCAUAGACAAACUUGUGAAUAUAGUGGAUGACCUUGUGGAGUGUGUGAAAGAAAACUCAUCUAAGGAUCUAAAAAAAUCAUUCAAGAGCCCAGAACCCAGGCUCUUUACUCCUGAAGAAUUCUUUAGAAUUUUUAAUAGAUCCAUUGAUGCCUUCAAGGACUUUGUAGUGGCAUCUGAAACUAGUGAUUGUGUGAUUUCUUCGACAUUAAGUCCUGAGAAAGAUUCCAGAGUCAGUGUCACAAAACCAUUUAUGUUACCCCCUGUUGCAGCCAGCUCCCUUAGGAAUGACAGCAGUAGCAGUAAUAGGAAGGCCAAAAAUCCCCCUGGAGACUCCAGCCUACACUGGGCAGCCAUGGCAUUGCCAGCAUUCUUUUCUCUUAUAAUUGGCUUUGCUUUUGGAGCCUUAUACUGGAAGAAGAGACAGCCAAGUCUUACAAGGGCAGUUGAAAAUAUACAAAUUAAUGAAGAGGAUAAUGAGAUAAGUAUGUUGCAAGAGAAAGAGAGAGAGUUUCAAGAAGUGUAAUUGUGACUUGUAUCAACACUGUUACUUUCGUAUAUUGGCUGGUAACAGUUCAUGUUUGCUUCAUAAAUGAAGCAGCUUUAAACAAAUUCAUAUUCUGUCUGGAGUGACAGACCACAUCUUUUUCUGUUCUUGCUACCCAUGACUUUAUAUGGAUGAUUCAGAAAUUGGAACAGAAUGUUUUACUGUGAAACUGGCACUGAAUUAAUCAUCUAUAAAGAAGAACUUGCAUGGAGCAGGACUCUAUUUUAAGGACCUGCAGGACUUGGGUCUCAUUUAGAACUUGCAGCUGAUGUUGGAAGAGAAAGCACGUGUCUCAGACUGCAUGCACCAUUUGCAUGGCUCCAGAAAUGUCUGCUGACAAAACACCUAGCUUUAUUCUUCAGAUACAAACUGCAGCCUGUAGUUAUCCUGGUCUUCGCAAGUAGAUUUUAGCUUGGAUAGUAGGGGUAACAAUUUUUCUCAAAGGGAUCUAGAAAAAAAUGUUUAAAACUCAGUAGUGUCAGCCACUGUACAGUGUAGAAAGCAGUGGGAACUGUGAUUGGAGUUGGCAGCAUGUCAGCUUUAUAGUUACUGAUUAGUGAUAUGGGUCUGAUUUUGAUCUCUUCCUGAUGUAAACCAUGCUCACGCAUAUCCCACUAAACAAAUGCGAAUGGUUGCCUGGUUCCAUUUAUGCAAGGGAGCCAGUACUGAAUUAUGCCUUGGCAGAGGGGAGACUCUCCAAAAGAGUCAUCGCAGAAAGAAGUUGAGAACACCGAACAUCAGAACAGUCUGCUGAGGAGGACAUCGGCAUCCUGGGAAAGUCUGCCUUUUCCCUUGACCACUAUGGGGUGUAUAAAUUGUGUUUGCAAAAUAUGUUAUGAUGUGUUUAUACUCUAAAACUAUUACAGAGCUAUGUAAAGGGACUUAGGAGAAAAUGCUGAAUGUAAGAUGGUCCCAUUUCAAUUUCCACCAUGGGAGAGAAUAAAAAUAAAUUAUGACAUUUAGUAUCUAACAUUAGAAAACCAAGCCCACGUGCUAAUAUGGGUGUUGAAAACUAGGUUACUUGGAAUGCAAGGAAUGAGGAAACUUUAGUUAUUUAUAGUAUAAUCACCAUUAUCAGUUUAAAGGAUCCAUUUAUUUAAAAUCAGACACUCUAUAUUCAUUAAGCUUUUUGAAUUAAAAAUACAAAGAAAGCUUUAUGUAGUUAUGCAUGUCAGUUUGCUAUUUAAAAUGUGUGACAGUGUUUGUCAUAUUAAGAGUGAAUUUGGCAGGAAUUCCCAAGAUGGACAUUGUGCUUUUAAACUAGAACUUAUAAGACAUUAUGUGAAUAUCCCUUGCCAGUUUUUUUAAUAUUCAAGAAAACGUCCGAGUAAAGUCAAAGAAUGAUUUCUUAUGGUUUAUUUUGAUGAAAGUUCUUUUAACAUGUCUUGAAUGUACACAUAAAGGAAUCCAAAGCUUUCCAUUCUAACUUAAUCUUUGUGAUAACAUUAUUGCCAUGUUCUACAACCAUAAGAUGACAGUUUUCAGUGUAGUGACAUACAAGGGCAUGAAAACUAACUGCUAGCUUUCCUUUCAUUUCAAAAGUCCAAGAAUUUCUAGUAUAUUUAGAUUUUAGCUUCUGGUCAAAGCUAAUCCAGAUGCAACUCCAGUAAGUGGCCUUUGCUCUUUUUUGUACCAAAGAGCCCAGAUGAUUCUUACAGUCCCUUUCUUCUCUAAUAUGCUGUGGUUCCUUAAAUAUGAGUAAUUUCUCUAAGAUGUAACCCAGGUGCUUUGAGAAGCUGCAUUAAGGUGUUCAGGCCCUCAGAUAUCCCAUGGUACACUUGAUUAGUAAUAAAACCAGAGAUCAACUUAAUUGCUGAUAGGUCCUGUCUCGGUGUGUGGCAUUGAUUGUUUUCAGGAAAAUAGAGAUUAAUAUGAGUUAUGUGUAUAGGUCGUGUAUAGAUUGAGAAGAUAGAUACGUCUCAAUCUAGUAGUUUGAUUUAUUUAACCAGUGGUUUCAGUUUGCUUCAGCAUAUGAAAAUGCUGCUUAAUGUGCUUAAGAGUAUAAUAAAUGUACUUUUGUCCUCAAACCUAGUAGCUGGAUUUUAACACUCAUGGACUUGGUCUUAAUCAAUGGAAUUAAAUAAACAAAUUCAAUAAGUUAUUAAAUCUGACAUGGUAGGAGAGGGGAGAUGUGUCCUGCUUAUUAAAUGUAUUGGUCCAUUGAAAGUUACAUGGAUUGCCAACUUUUAAAACACUGAAGUUGAAUAAAAUGCAUGAACAAUAGAAAAAUGCUGAACGUUAUUUUGGAUGCUAGCUGCUUGGACAUUAACUGUGUCAUUUCUGCUUUGAGAUAAAAAUAUGUAUUUAUCUUUGCUUAUUUUAUCCCAGAUGUGUUCUGAAUAUCCUUCUUCAUAAAUCAUGAAAAACUCACUGCUGACAUAAGUAAACCAUGAAAUCGCCUUUUCAGUUGGUGCCAUGUAUCUGAUAGUUCCAUCUAUCAUCCAACGUUUCAAAAUUACCUUUUAAAAUGAUCUCAGAAGUCUGGGGCCGGGCGCGGUGGCUCAAGCCUGUAAUCCCAGCACUUUGGGAGGCCGAGACGGGCGGAUCACGA